CAUUUCUGUGAUAUACAAUUUACACUGUUAAUUGAAAUUCCCUUUAAAACACAGGUUUCCAAACUAAGGGUCAGUAACUCUUGUGACGUGCGCGCUUUAACGCUUUGCAUGCCGCUUUCAAGUUGUGAGGGCCCUGAUUUAGGCAUGCCAACAUCAGGACACUAAAAUUUAGCAAACUUAUUAAAAGAAACUGCAGGAAGAAUUUAUCCUUGUAAUUGGACUUGGAUAAAAGGGCUCAAAAAUGGGUGUUAUCAGAAAAAGACGUGGAAAAACUAACUCCAAAGUAACAGUACCAGAACCAGCAUCUGUCAAUAAUUAUGGAAGGGAAGCAGAAGCAGACAGAUCAUUUUACACCUGGAUAAAUAUAGUGGUUGGUUUAAUUGCCAUGACAGCAUGUGGAUACAUUCAUGCCUUGUUCAUGUAUACACUGCAUGAAAACAACAUGUGGUUUACAAAUAUCCAGGAAGUGGAGCGGGAGAUUUCAUUCAGGACUGAAUCAGGGUUAUAUUAUUCUUACUACAAACAGCUGGUAAAGGCGCCAUCAUUAUGGCAAGGGAUCCAAGAGUUGACACAAGACCGCCUGACCGAGCACCCUGAUGUCAUUAAUGUGUUGGCUCGUAUGAAUGUUUACCAAGAGGUAGUGCUGGCCGCUUUGUACAGAACUUUGCCUAUAAAGGAGGAUGCUAUACUGUUCUACAUUAAAGCCAUCUUUGCACUGCAUGGCUUGCUGGUAGCGGCACUGUUUGUUAUGACUUGGCUCAUGUCUCGUAGCUGGUUUGCAGGCAUUCUCACAGCUGCAUUCUACAGCCUUAACAGGUUGGAUACAACACGUGUAAGCAGUGUUAUUCCACUAAGAGAGAGUUUUGCUUUGCCUUUCUUGUGGGUUCAAGUGGCAGCUCUCACAUAUUACUUCAAACCGCAGGCUUCAGGGUGGCCCUUGCGUAUCAGUGUUGGGAUAAUCGGUGGAUCCACCUUCCUCUUUUGCCUGUGCUGGCAGUUUAACCAGUUCAUCCUCUUGCUGCAGGCACUGGCACUUGUGGCUGCUUUUCUGACUCAUCUUCUGCCACAACAUAAAGUAAUGAUGGUGCUAGGUAUACAGAUGGUAUCUCUCUUGGCUGUGUGCUUGCUUCAGUUUGUCAACACCAUGAUCCUUGGCUCCCUAGCCCUAUCUUUCAUAGUCGCUUCGUUUAUUAUUAUUUUGCGCAAGGGGCCAAAACAGCCCAGUGGGCACUGGCUGUGGCAAGGAGUAGUCACAGUGGUGAAUGGAGUUUUGAUACUUCUGCUCAUGCUGCUCAUCAAUACAGCCAUAAAGUAUAUGAUUCAAGUGGAAGCUGAUGAACACAUCUUCAAGUUCCUGCAGAACAAGUUUGGCUUUGGGAAUGCAAGAGAUUUUGACUCUCGGCUGUACCUGUGUCUUGGCAUUUUUGGUUUCUUGACACCUGAUGUUCUGGAAAGGCUCACCAAAGGGCUGGUAUUCAUAUUCUAUCUGGAGGCACAUGUGGGACUACUUCUGCUAACAUUUAUUGCUAUACUUCAAAAGUGGAAUCACAGUGCCAGGAGAGUAUCCUUCAGUGCUGGAGAUUCUGGCCCUACAGCAAACACCAACAAUACGCCUAGUACCAGACCAACUACCCGUGUUUUAGAGGAUAGACCAGAACUGGCAUUCCAUGCUUUGCAGUGCCUGCUGUUUGGAGGUUUGGCUGUCACCAUGCUUCGAAUGAAGUACUUGUGGACACCUUAUAUGUGUGUGCUGGGGUCGCUUGUUGUGGCUGAUUCGUCUCUUUGGAUGGCCAUCUUGAAGCUGUUCAAGAAAGACAGUUAUUUCCUGGUGGAGGUUAUACGACAUGUUGCUGUGGUGACAGUCUUGGCUGUUUUGUUAGCCAUGACAUUAGGACCAGUGAUGCGUGAAUUGGAGGAGCUCAGGGAGUUUUGGGAUCCAGAUACUGUGGACUUGAUGAAGUGGAUCAAGAGCAGUACUCCACUCACGGCAUCCUUCACAGGCUCAAUGCAGUUGAUGGCAGGUGUAAAACUCUGCACAGACCGUCCAAUCACCAACCACCCACAUUAUGAGGACAAAGCUUUGCGAAAUAAAACCAAACAGCUGUAUCAGAUAUAUGGACGUCGAACUCCAGAAGAUGUCCACAGCAUCUUGAAGCGUUUUAACAGCAGCUACAUUAUUCUAGAGGAUUCCAUUUGUCUUGCUCGGCCAAAGGACAACUGUCGUACAACUGACAUUGUGGACCUGGAUAAUGGCAUAGUGCCUGAUGACAGCAAGGAGGAAGAGGGCCUAGUGAGGAGUACGGUCCCUCGUUUUUGUGACCAGGUGCGUCACCUAGACGCUACAUAUGCCAGAUAUUUCAAACAAGUGUUUGUCAACAAGACUUUCCGUGUCUACCAAGUUCUUUAGUUUUCAAUGUAAGGUUUUCAAUGUGUGAGGGGAGGCGGAAGGUGGGGGCCUGGUCUGGUGAAUGGGUUUUAGGUGAAAGCAUGUCAUAUCUUCCUGUGUCCAUGCUUCUGUGCAUGUAGCAAAAGCAAGCACAGCAGGCUAUCAGACUUUCAUUUGAUCAUUUUUCAUCACAGACCAUGAUGCACUUUACUUGCACCUUCGUUUUGGCUUUAUAAAGUGUAGAAGACCAAAUGCUGUGUGUGGAAAAUCCAUUUGCAGUUUAUAUUGUCAGUCUAGUUCUGCUGGCUUUUGAAAGGCACAAUGUGUUUAUGUGAUGGGAUACAUGUUAUGCACUGAUACAUUGUAUAAUGAUCAACCUCUUCAUACUUACUUUUGGGUGUUAUUUUACCUUUACAGGUGUACUUUUUGAUGCAAGAUUGAAUUUUUUUAAAAGCUUAAAUAUACAUGUAACACAAGCCUGGGAGACAUGAAGUCGUGGUCUUUAAAACUGGCAAUGUACACUGACCAUCUGCUUGUCAAAGUGGAUGGAAGAGUAGGACUAUUUAUGAACAAAAUCUCAAGAUUUGUCAACCCAGUCACAAAUUGUGGCAAUGGAAGACAUUCAUUUUUACACCAAAGAUCUGUUUGUGUAAAUGUUUUCAUUACUGAAUCCUGUAAUAGGUUGUGUCUUCACAAGAUUUUGGGUAAAUGCACCAGCUGCAGGUUGUUCAGAGCACCUCACUGUUAAUAUCCUUCCAUGACAUUUUUUUUUAAAAUCAGCACGGGAUAUAUACCAGAGGUGGGCACCUUAACUUCCAACAUUUUUUUCAAACUGCAAAUUUCAGCUCAUUUACAUAUUUCGUAUUUUAUGUGUAUUUGGUGCUAAUUAUAUGAUUAACAAAUCUGAAAGGGAUUUUAAGAACAUAUCGCACAGAAAACAUUUUUAAUUCUUCCCAUCCCCUUUAUCCAACACACAAUGUUAUGUAUUUUUGUGCUGUUUCGCAUUCUAAUAAAAGAAGUGUAUAUGUUGGAUGCUUUGUGCUUGUGCUGGUUUAAAAUUAUUUUGCUACAAUCUUUUGUGCUUUUGCAAUGUGCAAUAAUUUUGUAUGGCUUAUUAUUAUGACACACAUGCUAUGUUUGGUAAGCUAUGUUGAUGUUUUCAAACAAAGGAAAGUUUUGGUAUUGCUUAGUGUGUUACAGUGAAGACAAACACAAAAUUAAAAAAAAAAAAAG